AUGUCCGUUGCAUUGUCCUAUGUUGCACCAAAUGGUGGUAAGAUCCAACAGAAUGGUACCUCCCAACAACAACAGAAAUCUCAGCUCCCUAACCCUUUUGAACUUGACGACUAUCAUAUUCUCAACAAAGUUUAUCUCACUCAUGUCAAUGAUGAUGAGAAAUAUGAUAAGGAUCUGCUUUUCAACCUUGUCUCCACCAUCAUCUCUGCUUCUUCUGCUCAAAUUUCUGCAACUAAUCAUGUAUUAAACACUCAGAUUUCUUUCAAACCAGACUUCCCUGCCUUGAAGAGGAUUUCUUGUCAGAUGAUAAUGACACGUGGCACGGCACAAUGUGCACACCAAACAACAAUGUGGAUUCUUCAGCAUCUCAGAGGCUUUUCAUGGGAUGCAAAAGCAUUGAUAACUCUAGCUGCAUUCACUUUGGAGUAUGGUGAAUUCAUGCACCUUUAUAGGAUUCAAUCAUCAGACACAUUAGGAAACUCAUUGAAACAGCUUAACCAAGUCCAAUUCAGAAAGGUUCCUUCUGAUAUCACAGACAUUGUCGUGUUUUUACUGCAAGUGUUCCAACACAUUAUACAAUGGGCAACAUGGUCUGCUAUGGGUUAUGAUUUAGAGGAAGUCCAUUCAUUGUCUGACGCAAUGCAAGAGAUUCCUCUUGUUGUGUAUUGGACUGUUGCUACCGUUGUUGCUUGCUCCGGCAACCUUGUCGGUAUAUCGGAGCAUAUAUUAUCGGAUUAUAGAAAAAGGCUUUCUGGUGUGAUUAUGAGAUUGAAGAAUCAUCUCGAAAAUUCCAAAGUGCAAAUUGAGAGGAUAGACGAUUAUUAUAGACGUUUGAAAGAGUCGGAAAAUAUUAAAGGUGUUGUUGGUUUCUUGAGGCUUCUGAUACAAGGCAAUGGUUCUGAUCAAAUACCACUAAUAUAUAAAGGCAACAUCCAAGUUAAAACGGGUCUUGAAGUCUUCAAGAAGAACUAUGUGUUGCUGUUCAUUUCGGGUCUAGACAGCAUUGGAGAUGAGAUUUUGCUGUUAAAUUCAGUCUAUAACAGAUUGCAGGAUAAUCCGCAAGAAGUGAUAAAAGGUUUCAAGAAAGAGGAUUUCAAGAUUUUUUGGAUUCCCAUUGUUGAUAUGUGGGAUGAAGUUGCCAAGAAUCAGUUCAGAAACUUGAAGGAAAGCAUGAAAUGGUAUGUGUUGGAACAUUUCUCUGAGCUACCGGGACUUGGGAUUAUCAAGAGCAGAUUGAAUUAUGUGGAUAAUAAACCUAUUGUGUCAGUGAUCAAUCCUCAAGGUGAAAUAAUGAAUGAGAAUGCAAUGGAAAUCAUUUUUCAAUGGGGAUUUGACGCUUUUCCUUUUAGGAAAAUUGAUGGUGAUGAUCUCUUUAAGAAAUGGGCUUGGUUUUGGAAUUUAAUGAAGAAAGUUGAUAUCAACAUAGAGGACAUGAAAAGGGAUAGUUACAUAUUUAUCUAUGGCGGAAACGACCCUAAGUGGAUACAAGACUUCACAAGAGCAAUAGGAAACAUUCAAAAAAAUCAAAGCAUCAAGAAUGUGGACAUUAACAUUGAUUACUACCAAUUAGGAAAACAAAACCCAGCAAAGAUUCCUUACUUUUGGAUUGGCAUAGACGGAAGAAAACAGAACAAAAUAUGUCAUGACAGAGUAGACUGCGAAAUACAAGAGACAGUAAAAAGCUUACUAUGUCUCAAGCAAGACCCGCUAGGAUGGGUUCUUCUUAGUAAAGGUUAUCACGUUACGCUUUUGGGUCAUGGUGAACCUAUGUAUCAAACUGUGGCUGAUUUUGAGAAGUGGAAAGACAAUGUGGUUGAGAAAGAGAGCUUUGACAUCGCUUUCAAAGAGUAUUAUAAUACUAAGCUGAAAGAGAUAUCUUCUAGUGCCUCUUGUGCUGUUAAUUCUUCAGAUGUUCUUGCUACUAUAACUUGUCCUAAUCCUACUUGUAGACGUGUGAUGGAGGUGACUUCUGUUAAUUACAAGUGUUGCCAUCGUGAUGAUCCAAACAGUUGCUGCAUUUGA